CAGUGCGCCACCAUGGAUGCUAAACCCCUCACCUAAUUCUAAAAUCUCAGUCCAUAUUUCUUCGCCUCAGCGGCUAACCUUUUGUCUCGGUCAACUGCAGACAGAUACGAAAAAGCUUCCUCCACAUCCUCUCCCGGAUUCUCUUCCUCUUAAUUAAGUGCUGAUCGCCGUUGAAUGCAACCCUGGCUAUCACUGUGAAGACACACACACACAAUGGCCUGUCGAGCUCUUUUGAGAAGGAAGCUUGUCUCAGACUAUUUGGAGGCAUCUGUUCAGUCAAUUCAAGAUUUUCAGAAAUUCAGUUCUCUUCAGCCCACUCAUUGUUUUGGAGGGGUUGCCUCAGCUAGAAACCACCUUUGUCAAACUUCAGACUAUCCAAAAGAUCACGAAGAAGUUUCAAGCUUUCCAACUUCAAGACUUUUAUGGAACAGAUCUGCUGGAAUCAUACUAUCUGGCCAUGGAAAUGUUGGAAUCAAAUUGCCUUUAAGAAUGAAUCUCAUCUCACCUAUGGGACAGAGAUGGGUUCCUUCCUCUGCUCAUUAUUCUUCCACAGCAACUGCAAAACAAUCUGAGAGUGGAAGUGAUGAUGAUGAAAAUGAAGAUCUGAUUGCCAAAAAGAAGAAAGAAGCGUCUCCAGAGGAAUGCGAUCAAGCUGUUGAAGGGCUAAGUUCUGCUAAAGCAAAAGCGAAGGCAAAACGACUUCUAGAAUCUCAGAAGGUUGCCAAAUCUGCAGUACAAAGAGUAUGGGCUACACUAUUGGGUAUUGGCCCAGCCUUGCAAGCUGUAGCUUCUAUGAGCAGGGAAGAUUGGGCCAAAAAGCUCACUCAUUGGAAGAAGGAGUUUAUAUCCACGCUGCAACACUAUUGGCUGGGUUCUAAGCUUUUGUGGGCAGAUGUGAGGAUCAGUUCUCGGCUAUUAUUAAAACUUGCCAAAGGGAAGAGUCUGUCUCGUAGAGAGAGGCAACAACUUACUCGCACUACAGCUGAUAUUUUCAGACUGGUUCCCUUUGCUGUAUUCAUCAUUGUCCCAUUCAUGGAAUUUUUGUUGCCAGUUUUCUUGAAAUUAUUUCCCAACAUGUUACCAUCAACAUUUCAAGACAAGAUGAAAGAACAGGAAGCAUUGAAGAGAAGGCUAAAUGCGAGGAUAGAAUAUGCGAAGUUUCUUCAAGACACUGUCAAAGAAAUGGCAAAAGAAGUACAAAAUUCUCAGAGUGGGGAUGUAAAGCAAACAGCAGAAGAUCUGGACGAGUUCCUGAGCAGGGCUAGAAGAGGCGCUCCCGUUGCGAAUGAGGAAAUUUUGGGGUUCGCUAAAUUAUUCAAUGAUGAACUCACUCUGGAUAAUAUCAGCAGGUCUCGAUUAGUAAGUAUGUGCAAGUACAUGGGUGUCCGUCCUUUCGGAACAGAUGCAUAUUUGCGUUAUAUGCUUCGAAACAGGUUACAAAGGAUCAAGAAUGAUGAUAAAUUGAUUCAAGCUGAAGGUGUGGAGUCUCUAUCAGAGGCUGAACUUCGUGAGGAGUGUAGAGAGCGUGGCAUGCUUGGUUUGCGUUCAGUAGAUGAUAUGCGUCAACAGCUUCGCGACUGGUUGGAUUUGUCACUUAAUCAUGCAAUACCAUCUUCAUUGUUGAUUCUGUCCAGGGCUUUCAUUGUAUCUGGAAGGUCCAAGAUAGAGGAGGCAGUAGGGGCUACAUUAUCUUCACUUCCAGAUGAGGUUGUAGACACUGUGGGUAUCACGUCCUUGCCAUCUGAAGAUUCUGUUUCAGAAAGGAGAAGGAAAUUGGACUAUCUUGCUAUGCAAGAUGAACUAAUCAGGGAGGAGGAAAAGAAAGAGGAAGAAGAGCAGGCCAAGAAGGAAUCUAUUGGUAGUCAAGAUGAUAUUGCGCUGAAAGAGAUGAUUAUUCCAACAGCUAGAGAAGCACAAGAACAAGCUAGAGCAAAAGCUCUUGACAAACAAGAGGAUCUAUGUGAAAUUAGCCAAGCCUUAGCUGUUCUGGCUUCUGCCUCUUCUGUGAGCAGGGAGAGGGAAGAGUUUCUAAGGCUUGUCAAUAAGGAGAUAGAACUCUACAAUAGCAUGGUAGGAAAAGAAGGUACUGAUAAUGAAGUAGAUGUCAUGAAGGCAUAUAGAGCUGCUCGUGAAGAAAGUGAUCCAGUCUCUGAAGUUACUGCACAUGAUGCAGUGUCUUCUGCUCUUGUAGAUAAGGUUGACUCAAUGCUUCAGAACCUUGAGAAGGAAAUUGAUGAUGUGGAUGCAAAAAUUGGUGACCGUUGGCAAAUCCUUGACAGGGACUAUGAUGGGAAAGUGACUCCUGAAGAGGUAGCAGCUGCCGCAAUGUACCUGAAGAAAACUCUGGGAAAAGAAGGGAUUCAAGAUUUCAUUACCAACCUCUCCAAAGAUGCAGAUGGAAAAAUUCUUGUGGAAGACAUAGUCAAAUUGGGAAGUCGUGUAGAAGAUAUGAGGUCAGACGACAUGUAGUAAUAUGAAACAGUAUAGUCAAUUAAUACUUCUGGCUACUGUUUUAUCUGUGCCAAGGUUUGGUGCUUAUAGAGAUUCGAUUCUCUGGUUUCAUAUUGAGGGUUUCCCCAAAAUAUUACUUUAGAUCAUAUUGUGGACAUAAACAUAACUAAAUGGUCACUUUGAGCACCACAAUAGCCCACUACACCGGUCAAGUAUAGUCACUAUGCAUUAAAGCAUUAAGUAGGUUGCAUUUUUGUCCAUAACUCUUAUUUUAGUAAUAUAUACUACGUACUACGUAUUGGUCAUUAUGUCCAUAUUAUCAAGAAUGGCACCUUAUAGAAUUAGUGCUUUUGGCGCCUUUUUAUAUUCACUAUAUUCUUUCUUAAAACUAUUCGAUACAACAUCCAAGCCUUAUUCCCAAAAGAUUUUGGGGUCGGCUUUCUUAAAAUUGUUCAAUGGUUCAG